AUGUCCGACCAGAUCCAGGAACUCCUCGAGGCCCCUCUCGAGUUCGCCCGCGACGGCAUUCAGUUCGCCAAGCGAUGCACCAAGCCCGAUAAGAAGGAGUUCCUCAACAUGUGCACCGCUGUCGGCACUGGCUUCGUCAUCAUGGGCGCCGUUGGCUACAUCGUGAAGCUCAUCCACGUGCCCAUCAACCACACCCUCGUGGGUGGCGCUUAA